AUGCCCAACCCCACUGUCGUCAUUGUUCCGGGCGCCUGGCACCGGCCUGCCCAUUUCCAAGGCCUCAUUGAUGAGCUCGCCAAGGUCCACUACGAUGCCGUCGGAGUUACUCUCCCAUGUGUGGACUCCAGUCCCCCUCUGACAAGCUGGGAGCAGGAUGCACAAGCUAUCCGCCAAGUGAUUCUUGAGAAGCUGGAUGCUGGCAAGGACGUCAUCACGCUCGCUCACUCGUUCGGUGGUAUUUCCAUGUCUGAGGCUGUCAAAGGUCUCGGAAAAAAGGAACGCGAGGCACAAGGUCUGAAAGGGGGUGUUGUUAAGCUUAUGUACAUGUGCGCUAUGGCAUUGCCCGAGGGCCAGACCCAUCUGGGUCAGAUGGUGCCCGCUUCGCCUGAAGAGGAAGAGAUCGAGCGACAGCGUCAGGAAAUGCAGGCUCAAUUCGGAGGAAUGGAAGUUACACCGGAUGGGGCAAUCGUCCUUCCUAUGGAGCACAUCCACCUGUUCUUCUAUAACCGCUGCGAGCAAAAAGAUAUUGACCGAGCCGUCUCCUUGCUGGGAACAUUCCCCAUGGGACCAUUGGCAGUUCCUGUCACCUACACCGCUUACCGGGAAAUUCCAAGCACCUACAUUGUCUGCAACAACGAUCGGGCAUUGCCUCCGACAGUACAGCGCAGGAUGAUCGCCCAAGGUGAGGGCUGUUUCGAUGUAGAAGAGUGUGAUGAAGGUCAUUCUCCGUUUAUGAGCAACCCGAAAUUUAUUGUGGAUUGUGUUCGCAGGGCCGCGGGUGAAAAGGUCUAG